UCGAAUACACUUCAAACUGUCACUGUUCACAACCAUCCUCUGAGCCCACAACCACUCGUCCUCUGCCCGAGACCCAAGCCCCGCGCUCAAAAUGGAGGCCAUCAAGAAGAAAAUGCUCAUGCUGAAGUUGGACAAGGAGAAUGCCCUGGACCAGGCAGAGCAGGCCGAAUCAGACAAGAAGGCAGCGGAGGAGAGGAGCAAACAGCAUGAGGAUGAGCUGCUCCAGAUGCAGAAGAAGCUAAAGUCCACAGAGGACGAGCUGGACAAGUACUCAGAGGCUCUGAAAGAUGCUCAGGAGAAGCUGGAGGUGGCUGACAAAAAGGCGGCUGACGCCGAGGCAGAGGUGGCCUCUCUGAACCGUAGGAUCCAGCUGGUGGAGGAGGAGCUGGACCGGGCCCAGGAGAGACUGGCCACAGCGCUGCAGAAACUGGAGGAGGCAGAGAAGGCGGCUGACGAGAGUGAGAGGGGGAUGAAGGUCAUUGAGAACAGAGCUCUGAAGGAUGAGGAGAAAAUGGAGCUUCAGGAGAUCCAGCUGAAGGAGGCCAAGCAUAUCGCUGAGGAUUCCGACCGCAAGUACGAGGAGGUGGCCCGUAAGCUGGUGAUCGUGGAGGGUGAGCUGGAGCGCACAGAGGAGAGGGCAGAGCUAGCCGAGGCGAAAUGUGCCGAGCUGGAGGAGGAGUUGAAGAACGUCACCAACAACCUGAAAUCUCUGGAGGCACAAGCUGAGAAGUACUCUCAGAAGGAGGACAAGUAUGAAGAAGAGAUCAAGAUCCUCACUGACAAGCUCAAAGAAGCAGAAACACGAGCAGAGUUUGCAGAGAGGUCUGUAGCCAAACUGGAGAAGACCAUUGACGACCUGGAAGACGAGCUGUAUGCUCAGAAGCUCAAGUACAAAGCCAUCAGUGAGGAGCUCGACCACGCUCUCAACGAUAUGACGUCCAUUUAAAGAAGCCAUCGUGCUUGUGCUCCCUCCUCUUCAGGCUGGAUUCAGAACAAGUCCAUCAGAGGGGCAGAAUACACACAGUGGAUCAACAUGUCAAAUAUAACACACAGCUUUAUUUACUCAUAACCUGUUCCAUUGGAUGACAGUUUCGGUCUUACUAUCAGCAUUUGUAAUUUUACUAUUAAAGUUUAAAAUAAGUAAAA